UACCAAAUCAAUCAGUUCCGCGCGCGGGUGGGAAUGGCUCGACACGAUUCGCGUUCUAGGUCGCCGUCUCGCCGCCGACGCUACUCUCGCUCGCCUCUCACUCAUCGUAGCAGCCGUCGUAGCAGGCGAGACGGCAGCCGCGAACCCUAUUCAUCAAGGCACAGGAAGAGCAGAUCUCCUACACCGAGGCAACACCAAAGGGAUAGAAGUAGUUCGCUGUCUCCCUCCUCCACCGAGCAUAAAAUGGCAAUGGAAUUGAAGAGAGAACAGGAAGAGAGGGCAAGAUUGCAGCAUGAGGCUGAGCUCAAACUACGAGAAGAAGAGUCAGCACGGCGGAUUGAGGAAGCAGUGCGGAAAAAUGUCGAGGAGAGGAUGAAAACUGAAGAAGCUAAAGCAGAAAUAGAAAGGCGGACGAAGGAAGCCUAUGAAAAGAUGUUUCUUGAAGUGGAAAUACAGCUGAAGAAGGAAAAGGAGUCUGCCUUGAACGAGGCAAGAAGAAAGGAAGAACAAGCUCGGAGAGAAAGAGAAGAGCUGGAUAAGAUGUUAGAAGAAAAUAGUAGGAGGGUUGAAGAAUCUCAGAGGAGAGAAGCAAUGGAACUUCAGCGGAAAGAAGAGGAAAGGUAUAGAGAAUUGGAGCUGAUACAGAGACAGAAGGAGGAGGCUGCAAGAAGAAAGAAACUGGAAGAAGAAGAAGAAGAGAUUAGAAAAUCCAGCAAGUUAUCAAAUGGAAACAGAUCGCGAUCCAAGUUGCAGUUCGGCAUGGGUUUAUAAUUAAGAAACGUUGAUGAAAGGCGAAAUCUGAAGAAGCUUUUGCUUUGUAUUAGAGAAUAGAAUGAUACAGAUUACUCAUCCAAGCAAGCAUGUAAAAACCAACAGUAUUUAGGGGACCCUUCUUAGAGUUUAUUAUUUGUUUUACCAUGUGGAUUAUGAAACAAAAAGAAAAAAAAGAAGAGCAAAAUCCGGAUUAAGUACUCUAGCACAUUUCCGGAUUAGAUCUUAGGGAAAUAGCAUGUUUUCACAUGUUUAGGGAAGCUGCGUCA